AUGAAACUCGUAUUAUUUUUCAUUUGUUUAGUUGCUACGAGUAGUGCGGCUAUAUUGGGGAUAGACUACGGUCAACAAUUCACCAAGGCCGUCUUAUUGGCACCGGGAAUUUCAUUUGAAAUUGUGCUUACUGAUGAAGGCAAGAGAAAGGAUUUGUCGGGAAUUUCAAUCAGGGAGAAUGAUGGAGGGCUCGAGAGAGUAUUCGGGUCUGCCACUGGGUCGUUGUGCACCAGAUUUCCUCAAUCGUGUGUCAUGGGAUUGAAACCGCUUUUGGGAAAAUCAGCCAAGAGUGCCGAAACACAACAAUUUUUGGCACGCAAUUUUGGCGUGAAGUUGAUUGGUGACGAUUCUAGGGCAGAUGCUAUCAAGAUUGAUUUGGGGCUUUCGAACGAUUCGUACAAGUUUGCUAUUGAAGAAGCUCUUGCCAUGAAUUUGCACGAACUCAAAGGUAGGGCUUUGAACGACUUGGAAGAUAACGAAUUGGCAAAACCUAUUGUUGAAGAUGUGGUAGUUUCAGUUGCUCCAUUUGCUUCACAUGAGACGAAACAGGCGUACUUGGAUGGAUUGAAGUUGGGUAAUUUCUCCAAUGUUUUAGGAUUAGUCGAUGAAGGUAGUGCUGUUGCAUUGAAUUAUGUUUCGAGCAAGAAGUUUGAAAAAGAGGAUUUGACAGACGAAAAAGAAUACCAUAUUAUUUACGAUAUGGGUGCCGGAUCGACAACCGCUACUUUAUUUUCAUUUACUCCAUUUACUAAUGGUUCAAUUGUUUUGGAACUCGAAAGUAUUGGGUACGACGAAACAUUUGGGGGUCAAUUGUUCACCCAAUCUGUUAACACGAUCAUUUUAGAGAAGUUUUUAAGUGCAUUCAAUUUAAAGGGUUCAACUAAGCUCCCACCAAAGGUUUUGGCCCGUAUCUUAGAAGCGGCUGAAAAGGCCAAAAUUGUCCUUUCUAUCAAUGCUGAUUACCACGUUUCAUUGGAGAAUCUUUAUGAAGAUAAGGAUUUUAAGACCACUGUCACAAAGGAUGAAUUCGAAGAAAUUAACUCCGACUUGAUGGACCAUAUCACUAAGCCAAUCAAGGAUGCAUUGAAAUCUUCCGCUCCGGAAAAGUCAAUUGAAGAUAUAAAAUCUGUUAUCUUGAACGGUGGGUCUAUGAGAAUCCCAUUUGUUCAAAAGCAUUUAGCCACAUUAUUGGGUGAGAGUAGAAUUUCUAAAUCUGUUAAUGCGGACGAAAGUUGUGCAUUAGGUACUACAUUACAAGGUCUUAAAUUAAAGACUAACUUAGAGAAGGUCAAGGAUAUUAAAGUGAUUGAAAAGUCCUACCAUAAUUUUGAAGUUAAGAUUGAUGAUAGUGAUGACGAUCAAUUAGUUUUUCCUAGAGGUUGUCAAAUAAAUAAUAGUUCUAGAUUGAAUCUUGGUAACCCUACCAAAGAUAUCAACGUUGGAUUAUAUGAGGACGGUCGUUUAAUUAAAUCCUAUAAAUUUGAUGAUCUUCUGAAAAAGGCCAAUGAUCUUAGUUGUUCUUCCAAAAAUGGUAAACAAGUUUUUGGCACUUUUACCUUAGAUCAUAAUAAAAUGUUUGAUUUAUCCAACUUGGAAAUCGAAUGUGUUGCAAGUGGAGAAAAGGGUGGAUUUUUCCAAAAAUUAUUGAAGAAGGAAGGAGAUGCGUCCGAAGAUAUGGAGGAAGAAGCUUCUGACUACGAUAAAACUACCGAUAACAACGCCACAAAUACAACCCAAUCAGACACAUCAAAAUCGACGAAGAAAAAGGCUAAGCCUAUUUCUAUCAGUAUCCCUAAACCGAUUUAUCCCCAUAUAAAACCUAUGUCAAGAACUACUAAGGAACGUACUUUCAAUAAGUUGGCUUAUUUAAACAGUAAGGAUGAAUCUCGCGCAGAACUAGACCAAGUUAAGAAUAAUUUAGAGAGUAAAUGUUAUGAAUUACGUGCAUUUAUUGAUGAUCAUGAAGACGAGUUAUUAAAGGAGAUGACUGAAGAUGAAAUAUCGGAUUACAGCUCAUUUGUUCGUGACACUAUAGAAUGGUUCGAAUUUGAAAGUGAUGGAUCUUCUCUCGAAGACUUUCUUAAUAAAUCAAGUGAAGUAGCCACAAAAAAGAAAGCUUUAGAGUCUAUUGUUGAAAUGUCGAAAGUAGAUAUUUCCUUAGCUGGUAUGAAAAAAUUAUAUGAAGAUGGUACAACUAUUACUAUGCAAGUUCAAAGUUAUAUGCUUGAAUCCGGUACCCAAAUUAGUGAAAUCAGACAAAAGUAUGAAAAGGAAAAUUUUGAUUUCGAUAAGGAAAAUGAUCGUAUUAAACUUAAACUUUUGAGAGAAGGUGGUGAUAAAAUGAUGACGUUAGACAAGGAUUUAGAAAAAUAUAAGGAACACUUGUCAAAAGUCGGUGAAUUGACUUCAUUGAGCGAAUCUAAAUUCAAUAAGAUACCAAAGAAAGAAAUUUAUGAAAAAUAUGAAGCUGCUACAGAAAAAAUUGUUGAGAUGUUAGCUGAUAUUAUUUUAAUCCAAGAAUCACAAAAGACCAGAGUCGAAACAUUCAACGAUAAAUUUGAUAAGUUAUUAGAAAGAAAGCAUAAAAAAGAAUUAAGAGAUAAGUUAAAACAAGAAAAGGAAGCAGAGAAGGAGAUUGAAGAUGAAGAAGAGAAUGGUUUUGUCGAAGAAGAAUCUGAUUCUGAACCAACUGAACCAGGAACUAAUACUGAAUCCACAGUUGUCAAUGACUCAGAAUCUACUGAGAUUGUUCACGAUGAAUUGUGA